AUGUACUUUGAUGGUGCAACUAAUCAGUCAGGGUAUGGGAUAGGUGUUCUGUUGGUAUCCCCUCAAGGUGAUCAUAUUCCGAGGUCCGUUCGUUUGACAUUUUCUGAUCAACAUCCUGCCACGAAUAACAUAGUUGAGUAUGAGGCUUGUAUCCUUGGUUUAGAGACUGCAUUGGAGCUUGACAUUAGACAGAUGAAGGUAUUUGGUGACUCCAAUCUGGUACUUAGACAAAUUCAGGGGGAUUGGAAGACUAAGGAUGUGAAGCUUAUGCCAUAUCACGCCUAUUUGGAGUUGCUGGUUGCGAGAUUUGAUGACUUGAGAUAUGUUCAUCUACCUAGAGUGCAGAACCGGUUUGCUGACGCCUUAGCUACCCUAGCUUCUUCUGUGGACAUUUCGAUUGAUGUAGCUAUACGUCCAUUGCUGAUUGAGUUGAGGUCUGCAUCCGCCUACUGUUGUUUGAUUGGAGAAACAGAGAUCCAGGAUGAUCUACCUUGGUAUCAUGACAUUUAUCAGUUUCUUAGAUUUGACACGUACCCUGAGGUAGCCACUGCCAAGGAUAGGAGAGCACUGAGGAAUUUGGCCACUAGAUUCGUGAUUUGUGGAAAUACCUUAUACGGACGAUCAAUUGAUGGUAUGCUUCUAUUAUGUUUAGAUCGAACCUCUGCAGAUCGAGUGAUGAGAGAGGUUCAUGCAGGAGUUUGUGGUCCACAUAUGGGAUGA